AUGACAGCGGCUCUCUGGGCCUGCGGCUCAUCGUCAGCGCCUGCUCCGGCACCUGCGAGCCCGCCUCUGUCCAAGGGCGAGAAGCGGCGCGAGCGGAAGAAACGCAAGGCGGAGCGGACUAAGCAGAAGCGGACAAGGGAGCGCGAGGCGCGCAAGACGGAGACGGCGGACGCGUCGGCGGCGGCUGUCGCACGUGCGGACGCUAUCGCUGCCGCUGCGUCCAACGCACCCGUGGCCAAGGCUUCGAUUAUUUCGCUCAUGACCUAUGGAUGGGCUUCGGCGCUGAUGCGGGCCGGUGCGCGGGCGGCGCUUGAGUUUGACGAUCUCUGGGCUACCGCGCCCGAGGACCUCGGUGCUACUGGUGUCGAGGCCUACCGUGCCACCCGGGCCGAGUUUCCGGACGAGACGGUCCGGUCAACUUUUGUACGCACCUUUGUGCCGCAGCUGCGGAUUCUGAUUGGCCUGGUUCUUCUGUGGGUCACGGCCAUGAUGUCUUACACGGUCUUUGUCUUCCGCGAGCUGAUGGAUUUCCUGGCCUCGGACGAUCCGGUCUACCUCGGCAUUGUGCUUGCAGUGCUCAUGCUCAUUCUCACCUUUGUGCGCUCUGUUGCUGUCCAUCUCAUCUUUUUCACCUCGAUCCGGGUCGGCGUGCGGGCCAAGUCGGCGCUGUCUCUCAUUGUGUUCGAAAAAGUGCUCCGCGCCGGCGCCGGCACUUCCUCGGUGGGUUCGGUCGUCAAUCUUGUAUCUGCCGAUGCACACUCGAUCCUGAUGGCCUUUGGCUUUGCCGUUUGGCUUGUCGCUGGGCCUGUCCUCCUCACGCUCGCGCUCAUCUUUCUCAUUGUCGAGGUUGGGCCUGCCGCUCUGCCGGGCUUUGCGCUCAUGCUCGCCAUCAUGCCGCUGCAGAUGUUUGCCGCCAAAAAGAUCGGCGAGCUCCGGCACGCCGCACUCGCUGUCACUGACAACCGGACCCGGCUCAUGUCUGAGAUUCUGGCGUCGAUCAAAGUCAUCAAGCUCUACGCCUGGGAGUCAUCGUUUGCCGAUAAGAUUGCCGCUGUCCGUGACGCUGAGAUGACUCAACUGCGCAAGUCGGCGCUGGUCAAGAAGUUCAACCUCAUGCUCUCGUUCUCGUUCCCGGUCCUCGUUGCCUUUGUCGUCUUUGCCAUUUACACCUCGACGGGCAACAGGCUGACGGCGUCCAAAGUCUUUGUCGUCCUCUCCAUUGUCAACAUCUGCCGCUUCCCGCUCAUUGUCCUGCCCAUGGCCAUCAAGUUUACCACAGAGGCCUGGGUUGGCUUCAAUCGCCUUGCCGCCUUUCUUGACUCGCCGGACCUCCCGGUCCGCUCUUCCACCCCGAGCUCCACCCCCAGCAUUACCAUCGACAACGCGUCGUUUACGUGGCCGGCCGCCGGCAGUGAUGAGCCGGAUCCGGGGGCCAAAGCCCGCGUCACUCUUAAGAACAUCGCCUUUGAGGCUGCAGGUGUUGAUAAGGUCGCUAUUGUCGGACCUGUUGGCUCCGGCAAGUCGUCGCUCCUCGCCGCCAUCCUGGCCGACAUCCCGCUUGCCUCGGGCGCGGCGCACGAGUCUGCGGUCCGUGUGGAGGGCACCACAGCGCUUGUGACUCAACAGCCGUGGGUGCCAAACGCCUCGCUCCGCGACAACAUCACCUUUGGCCUGCCGUUUGACGAGGACAAGUAUCAGAGCGUCAUCGACGCCACCGCGCUCCAGCCGGACAUCGACCUGCUCCCUGCAGGCGACGGGACUGAGAUCGGCGAGCGCGGCAUCAACCUCUCGGGCGGGCAGAAGCAGCGGGUUGCACUUGCGCGUGCGCUCUACGCCGAGCGCAACAUCUACCUGCUCGACGACCCGCUCUCGGCUGUCGACGCCCAUGUCGGCAAGCAUAUUUUCAACGAGUUUGUCAUGGGCGCGCUCAGCGACGCGCUUGUGGUCAUGGUCACCAACCAGGUGCAGUACCUCAAGGACUUUGACUACAUCUAUGUGCUCGCCAACGGCUCGGUUAUCGAGUCGGGCUCGUACGACGAGCUGAUGGCGGCGCAGGGUACGCUUGCUGAGCUUAUGGAGAGCUUCCUGGUCUCCGAGGCGCCGGCACCCGCGCUCGACUCGCUGGACGACUCUCCAACGCCACUGCACCACUUGUCGCUGCCGACGCCGGCGGCUGUCUCGGCGUCACGGACUGUUGACUCGCUGCAGUUCUCGCACACCGACCUCGGAUCGGUGCACGAGUUUGGCACGUCCGAGGUUGUUGAUCCGGCCGACGGGCGGCUCAUCGAGGCCGAGGAGCGGGCCGAGGGCUCGGUCGGGUGGAAGGUGUACAAGACGUACGGCGAGGCUGCCGGCUCUCCGUGGGUCAUUGCCUACGUGCUCGGCCUGUUCUCCGCUGUCCAGACCGCGCGCAUUUCGUCCGACUGGUGGCUCUCGUACUGGAUCUCGCAGGACAACGGGCGGGUGGACAAGCUCGACUGGCAUCUUGGAUGGUACGGGUUCUUUGUCCUACUGCUCAUUGUGUUUUGA